AUGUCGGACGACUAUCCGACUCUAUUUCGCUCCGAGCCUAUGAGCUUGGUGCAACUGUUCAUCCCAACUGAAGUUGCUCAUGACGCGGUCGCAGAACUUGGAGAGCUCGGAAAUGUCGAGUUCAAAGAUUUGAAUCCUGAGGUCAACCCGUUCCAACGUUCCUUCGUAGGAGAAAUCAGGCGUGUCGACGAGAUGGCCCGUAGGGUCCGCUUCUUCACGUCGCAGAUUGAGAAGGAGAAGGACGUGGUGCCUAUCCGACCGCUGUACGACUCCGCGCCUCUCAUCACCGUCGGUCCCCGUGCUGCUACAACCAUUGACGAGCUGGAUGUUACUUUGGCGGAACACGAGUCUAGGCUGAAUCAGAUGAAUGAGAGCUACCAGACCCUCAGCGACCGGAUGAAGGAGUUAGUCGAAGCUCGUUACGUCUUGCGGGAGACUGCUGUUUUCUUCGACAAGGCCCAAGCGCAAGAAUCUGACGUGAGGACCUCUAUCGAUGAGAGCUCUGCACCCCUCCUGCAGCAUGCCGAACGUGACAACCAGUUCUCGACUGCGACUGUCCAGUUCGACUUGGAAUUCGUUGCUGGCACGAUUGAGCGCACCCGUCUGCCUACUUUCGAGCGGGUUCUCUGGCGUGUACUCCGCGGGAACCUGUACAUGAACUAUACGGACAUCCCUGAACCCUUCGUAGAUCCUGUGACCGGCGCUGAGACGAGGAAGAACGUCUUCAUCAUCUUUGCGCACGGCGAGACCCUUUUGGCCAAGAUUCGCAAGGUCGCCGAGUCCAUGGGAGGUACUCUGUAUCCCAUUGACGCUAAUGCUGACAAGCGCGCGGACUCCUUGCGUGAGGUGACUGCUCGACUUGAGGAUUUGCAGACUGUGUUGUACAACACGGGCCUGAACAGGAGGAGCGAGUUGGUUCGCAUCGGCGAAAGUCUGGCGAGCUGGCAGGACGUUGUGGCCAAGGAGAAGUUGAUCUACCAGACCCUCAACCUCUUCAACUACGAUGUGCGUCGAAAGACGCUCAUUGCCGAGGGAUGGUGUCCUACUAGGGACAUAACGACUAUUCAGUUAGCCCUGAGACAUGCGACAGAAGAGUCUGGCACCAAUGUGCCUCCUAUCUUGCAUGAGAUCCGUACUCACAAGAUGCCGCCCACGUUCAUGCGUACGAACAAGUUUACGGAGGGGUUCCAGACUAUUAUGGACAGUUAUGGUAUCGCCACGUACCAAGAAGUGAACCCCGGCCUUUUUGCGGUCAUCACGUUCCCGUUCCUGUUCGCGGUGAUGUUUGGCGAUAUUGGCCAUGGCUUCAUCACGUUCACUACGGCGCUUUUGAUGAUUACGUUCGAAAGGAAACUGGCCAAAGCUGACCUCGGAGAGAUCAUCGGCACGUUCUUUUACGGGCGAUACAUUAUCCUGCUCAUGGGUGCUUUCUCCAUGUAUACGGGCUUGCUCUACAACGAUAUCUUCUCGAGGUCGCUCCAUAUCUGGCACUCUGGAUGGGAUUGGCCGGCGACACCGAGCAACGAUUCCGUGGCGGCUACCUUCAAUGGCAAUGUCUAUCCAUUCGGCCUGGACCCCGGCUGGCACGGCGCCGAGAACGGACUCGUGUACACGAACUCAUACAAGAUGAAGAUGUCCAUCGUGCUCGGUGUAAUUCACAUGACCUUCGCCCUUUGCCUACAAGUGCCGAACCAUAUCCGUUUCAAACGUUUCUCAGACAUAUACAGCAACUUCAUCCCGCAGAUGAUAUUUCUCCAGUCUAUCUUUGGUUAUCUUGUUAUCUGCAUCCUCUACAAGUGGUCCAUUGAUUGGUCAACGUCUCCCACCGCUCCUCCGUCGCUCCUAAACAUGCUUAUUGGCAUGUUCCUGACGCCUGGAUCAGUGGAUCCGAGCACGCAGCUGUAUCGCGGGCAGGGUUUCAUACAGACCGUGCUGCUGCUUCUGGCCUUCGUUUGCGUGCCAUGGCUGCUCUGUAUGAAACCAUAUCUGCAAUAUCAGGAAAUGAAGAAGAUCCAAGGGCAAGGGUACGUUGGAAUCCCCCACGGCGACGAGCCGCCCCGGGCUAGUUCCGACGACGUCCUGGAAGGCGAGGAGGAAGGUAAUGGCAGAGCGAUCGCGGAGGAUGCGGAAGAAGAGCAUGAGCAGCAUGAUUUCUCCGAAGUCGUGGUUCAUCAAGUUAUCCAUACGAUAGAGUUCUGCCUCGGAUGCAUCUCGCAUACCGCGUCGUAUCUCCGUCUUUGGGCACUUUCGCUUGCGCAUGCGCAGUUGUCGGAGGUGCUCUGGAAUAUGACGCUCGGGCCCGCGUUGGGCAUGAGCGGUCUAUUUGGCUGGAUUGCCUUAGCUAUCGUGUUCUGCUUGUGGUUUGUAUUGACCAUCUUCAUCCUUUGUGUCAUGGAGGGCCUGUCAGCCUUCUUGCAUGCCCUCCGGUUGCAUUGGGUCGAAGCGAACAGCAAGCACUACGAGGCAGGCGGCAGGCAAUUCAUGCCGCUGAGCUUCGCGCAUCUGAACGAGGCAUAAACGAUGCAGGUAAGAAUACCACGGACGUGAAUGAGGGUGUUGUCAGGCACAGUCCGGUCAUCUCUUCUUACAUACAAUCGGCUACGAUGUACCGCAUCGCACAGGCAACAAAGAUCUGUUUCGCAUCGCC